AUGGCCGUCUGCAUCUCCUCUCACCCUGCUCUGAAACCUCUCCUGGACGAGUGUGCCAUGAGGAAGGACCUGGUGGAACUGCUCUGUCUGGUGCUGAGUAAAGCCUUCAAAGCACGAGCGGACAGAAGCACCCUGCAGCACCUGGCUGGCAUCAUCAAAGAUUCUGGCUUCCUGCGCACUGUCCUGCCACACUACCUGGCAGCUGUCAGCUCAGAGUCUGACGCUGUCCGCAGAGAGAAAUAUCCACAGCAUCUGGACAACAUCCUGGCUAUCCUGACACAGGUGCUUAGCAUCUUUCCGGCUAGCUCAGUCCAGCCUGUGAGCCUGCUUCUGACUCUGCUGCCAGCUGCCCUCAACAGCCUGAGGACUUCGGGAGUGGAAGUUUCAGCUCAGAUAGAAGAGGACAUGGAGCAUCUUCAAGGUCUGGUCAGACACCUUCAAACCAGGUCCAGAGAAGGCACCCUGCGAUCAGACAAGGACACCUAUGCCUUGCUUCCAACUGCUGAUGAAAACCCAGACCAGCAGGACUUCAGGAACAUCCCCAUCUACCCGACUCCAGAGGAGCUUCGACAUGAGGGCAGACCUUAUCUCAGACCCAACCUCACCUCCCAGCGCUACCCAAGCACUCAUCUGUACCUGGACACUCACUUUCGACUGCUCAGGGAGGACUUUGUGAGGCCGCUCAGGGAAGGGAUCCAGGAGCUGCUCUGGACACAAAUGAAUAUCGGACGAAUGGACAACGCUGGAAACCAAGUGAAGACAAAGCGACUCGAUGACAUCAGAAUGUAUCAUGACACUAAACUGAUAGCCCCUCAGUGCACCAUGAAUGGUCUCGCAUACAUGGUGCAGUUCAAUGUUCAACCACUCAAGUUUGUUCGCUGGGAGAAUUCAAAGAGGCUGAUCUUUGGUUCUUUGGUCUGUUUGUCGUGUGACAACUUUGAAAGCUUUCUCUUUGCAACGGUGUCAGAUCGAGACCCAAAAGAACUUCAAGAAGGGAGGGUUCAGAUUAUCUUUACAGAGGAAAGUAGAAACAAGUUGGCCAGGACUCAGCAAAAUCAAGUGUAUUUGAUGGUAGAGACCACUGCCUACUUUGAGGCCUAUCGCUACGUUUUGGAAGGACUCAAAGAGCUGGAGGAGGAUGAGCUGCCCUUUCAGAGGUACCUUGUAGAUUGCAGCCCAGAUGUAGCAUCUCCUGCAUAUCUUCGCCGAGGUGACACUUAUGACCUGUCUUCUGUGGCUCACCCUGAUUUUAAGACAAAAGUCAAGCCGUUUCACUGCCUGGAUGCACAGGCCUGGCCAACAAUGGAGGAGCUGGGCCUGGAUGAGUCUCAGUUCAGAGCCUUUCAGUUGGCCCUCACUAAAGAACUAGUCAUUAUACAGGGCCCCCCGGGGACUGGAAAAACAUAUGUUGGGCUUAAGAUUGCACAUGCUCUGCUGACAAACCAAGCACUUUGGAGGAAUUCUUCUCCCAUUCUGGUUGUGUGUUACACUAAUCACGCUUUGGAUCAGUUUCUUGAAGGUAUCCAUACGUUUCUCCCUGAUGGAAUAGUGAGAGUUGGAGGCCGCAGCAACAGCGAGACCCUGAAGCGUUUUAAUUUAAGAGAACUGGCUCAAAAAGUCAAGCGCAGCGGCCGCAACCACUUGUCAUCCGCUUAUAACACCAUCUACAGAGAGCUUUGUGAGGCCGAACGAGACUUGCAGGUUCAGAGUAUGCAACUGGAAUGUUCUGUCAAAGGAGUGCUGCGGGAGAAUGUCUUACAACGAUAUAUAUCAGAGCAGCACUGGCGCAGUUUACAAGCGGUCAAUGUUUCCAAUCAUCUGGAUGGAUUUCAACGGGUGCCUGGAAAAAAAUUCAAUCUUUUUGUAGAGUGGCUAGGUCUCGGGGGCAUCCUCCACGGGAAUACAAUGGAUGGACCAAUGAGUACCGAAAUGGAGGUGGAAACUGGCAUGGGGUUGCCAGAUGAUUUGCUCAUUGAUAUUGCUGAGGAGGCAGACAUGAUGACAGCUGAGCGUAUUAUUGAUGACUUCAUUUAUCCCAGAGGACGAGACAGGCACAGAAAAGACGAUGCGGCCCUGGCACUCAGAGAGGUGGAGGGCAUGGUGUUGGCCAUGUCUCUGGAAGAACCAGAGCCACAAACUAUGGCACAUCCUGCAAUGAGUGAUGACACAUGGGAGUUGCAAAGGAACCAAAAGAAACAAUUGAAGAAAAAAAUGAAACGUGAGCUGGGUAAAAGUUCCACCAUGACUGAAACAGAAGAACGUCUCACCACCAAUAUCUGGAGGCUCAGUUUAUCUGACAGAUGGAGGUUGUAUCGUUUAUGGCUUUCUCGCUAUAGAAUCGACCUGCAAACCAAAGCCUUGGAAUUAGAACAAGAAUAUCAAAACUCAGUGGACAGACUGGCUGAGGUCAAAAGACAACAAGAUUGUUCUAUUCUUAGAGAGGCCACGGUGAUUGGAAUGACGACGACCGGUGCAGCCAAGUUCCGGCACACGCUGCAGCAGGUGCGUCCCUCACUGGUCAUAGUGGAGGAAGCAGCAGAGGUUCUGGAGGCUCACACUAUCACCACUUUGAGCAGCGCCUGUCAACACCUCAUCCUGAUAGGGGACCAUCAGCAGCUGCGUCCAAGUGCCACGGUGUAUGAACUUGCAAAGAACUUCAAUCUGGAGAUGUCGAUGUUUGAGAGACUUGUGAACAUGGAACUUCCCUUUGUCCGACUAAAUUAUCAGCACCGCAUGAGGCCGGAUAUCGCUCGCUUACUGACCCCCCACAUCUACUCCGAGCUGGAGAACCAUCCCUCCGUCUUAGACUAUGACAACAUCAAGGGUCUGAAUGCCAGUUUGUUUUUUGUGGAACACACAUACCCUGAGAAGGAGCUCCAAGAUGGAAAAAGUCACCAGAACGAGCAUGAAGCACAGUUUGUUGUUAAUUUGUGUCGGUACCUCAUUCUUCAGGAGUACAAACCAGAGCAGAUCACCAUCCUGACCACGUACACAGGCCAACUGUUCUGUCUGCGCAAACUCAUGCCUGCUAGUCUGUUCUCAGGAGUCAAAGUCCAUGUGGUAGACAAAUAUCAAGGAGAAGAAAACGACAUUGUGUUAUUGUCUUUGGUCCGAAGCAACAAGCAGGGCAGGGUGGGCUUUUUGAAUAUCCCGAAUCGAGUGUGUGUUGCUCUGUCCCGUGCAAAGAAAGGCCUCUACUGCAUAGGGAACAGUGAGAUGUUAGGCCAGGUCAAACUGUGGAGCAAAAUCUUCCACACGUUGAGGGAGAAGGAUCAGUUGGGCACAGCGCUGACCCUCUGCUGUCAAAACCACCCUGAUCGAAAGGUGUCAGCUUCUUGUGCUGAUGACUUUCAACAGGCUCCUGAAGGAGGUUGUACCCUGCCGUUCAGUGCCCCAGACUUUGUGGACAGCCCUGCUCUCCCUGUGUGGAGCCUUGUGCCUGGAGUUGUCCACACCAAAGCUGCACCAAACUUUGCCACGAGCCCUGUGACCCUACAAGACUGUGGUCACGUUAUUGAACGCAGAGCGAUGGACCAAUACAUGGGAAUAGAUGAGAGGCAGCAAGAAAAUGAGGAAGAAGUGGCAAUCAAACUCAAAGAGUGUCCCAAGUGUCGAACACCAAUACGCAAGAAUCUCCGUUAUGGUUCUCACAUAAACCGCUGUCUGGCCGAGAUAGAGCUGGGCGUGACAGCAGCAGAGUUCGGGAGGAAGACGCAAGACACCAUCUGCUUUUGCUCAGUUUUACAGGUGUUGUCCCCUUGA